ACCGGGAAGGGCACGUGGCCCCGGCCCCGCCCUCCUCGCUCGGGCCUUCUGCUUCCUCCCGGGUCCGUAGAGUCGGCACCUGCGCCUAACCGCGCACUAUGGCUGCGCUGUUGGCACUGCUGCUCCCGGCGGGCAGGAUGGGUGCCCGGGUCCGGCUUCGUGCCACCCGGCUCCUGGGCGCCACCACCCGCUGUCCCCCGCCGCCCCUGGCCUUGGCCCUGUUAAGGCCUGGGCCAGACGCCCGGCUGCUGCGCACCGCUGGUGGGGACUGCCGUGUCCACCAGGACCCCAACAGAGCCACUGAGACAACAGGCAGCAACACAGGUGGCAUAGAAGGAAAGCAAAGCAAGUCACAGCAGCUGAAAAAGGUCUUUCAAGAAUAUGGUAUAAUCGGCGUAUCUCUGCACAUUGGGAUCUCACUCAUCUCCGUGGGGCUGUUUUACAUGGUGGUCUCCAGUGGUGUAGACAUGUCUGCGAUCUUGCUCAAACUCGGAUUUCAAGAGUCACUGGUACCGUCCAGUGUGGCAACCAGCACCAGCACGUUUGUGGUGGCCUACGCAAUCCACAAGCUGUUUGCACCAGUGAGGAUCAGCAUCACGRUAGUCACUGUGCCCUUCCUUGUCAGAUAUUUUCGGAAAGUAGGACUUUUCAAACCUCCAGAUGCAAAACCUUGAUGGGCACCUUGGUCCUCAGCACUGAAACCCUGUUUGUUUUAAAUUACCUUAUUUGAAUUGGUUUUUAAUAUUGUAGGUUUUGGGGGGGUGGUAGGAAGAGGCCUGUUGUUAUGUUCUCAUGGGUUAAUUUUACCUUUGCCAGCCAAAAGCAGGUUUUUGAAUAAUUGUAAUUUUUUUUUUUUUUUGCUUUUUAGUUUGUUAAUGCUACUCAUCAGAGGGCUUUGUACAUGUCUGUCAGCAAGACAUCACAAAUGAGCUAGCAUCUCAACACCACAAACACCUAUAGAUCAUUCCCUCUAGAAAACCACUGGUAAGGGUGUAACUGCAAAAAACUCAGGGGGCUAACCUUUGCUCAAGUUCUUAAAAAGCAAUGAUUGAUUUAGCUGGUUUUAAAAAUUUCCCCUCUUGAGUUACCAUCAACGGCCUGCAGUUUAACUUGCAAUGUUCUACAAAACAGCUGCUUGUGCUGCACAGUUAAUAGAGCAUAACUUAACAAUGUGUGCUAAUUCCACAAUCUAAAUUUAGCACCAGCCCCAUGACCCGCAUUACACUUUU